AUGGACGCCGGCUUCUUCAGAGGCGCUAGUUCUGAGCAGGAUGGUCGAUUCUCGGAUAAGGAGAAAAAGUUGCUGAAAACGAUGAAAUUCGAGACUCAAUUAGAGCAAAAAAUCGACCUGAAUCGCUGCAAUAUGGACGUCAUCAAACCGUGGAUCACAUCUCGUGUAAAUGAGAUAUUGGGAAUGGAGGAUGACGUGGUCGUCGAGUAUAUUUUGUCACAGUUGGAGGUGAAAGAUCUGAAUCCGAAGUUGUUGCAGAUCAAUGUAACCGGUUUCCUGAAUGCCCGUCGUGCUCGUGAAUUCGUCGGAGAGCUCUGGAACCUUCUAAUCGAGGCGAAUGCAUCGGAAGACGGAAUUCCAGCGUCUCUCGUUAAUAAAAAGAUGGCUGAGAUGAAGACAAACGAUCGGGAAGACAAAGGAGACGCCCGGGAGGAUAACGAUUGGACGAAUCGCUAUAAGACAUUGAGCAACGGACGGUACACUGGUCCCGCUCGUGAGAAACAGGUCAGAGACGAUCGGAUACCGGCGAGAGCGUUGAGCCCGAGAAAGACACCGCCUAGACGUAAUGCUAGUCCCGAGAGAGUUGGCGGGGCGCCAUCUAGAUCACCAGGAAGACGUGGAGGGUCUCCACCGAGAAGGAGAAGUCCACCUAGAAGAGACGGACGGUCGCCGCCACCAAGACGGGUUGGGCGGUCCCCACCGAGACGGGAUAGAGAUGGUAGAGAUUCCAGAAGGAGCCCACCUAGAAGACGUUCCCCACCGCCACGUGACCGUGACAAUAGAGAUCGUAACGACCGUAACGAUCGGAAUGAUCGCAACCGCCCUGUCCGUGAUGAAAAAGAGCGUGAAGAGGAGACACGUCGUCGAGAAAUUGAGCGAAAAAAGCGACAUGAGGAGGCGGAGCUUCGUCGGAAGGCCAUAGCUUCGGUUGCCGCCGCGAAGAGAUCGAAAUCCAAGAGUAAAAGUCCUUCGCCACGCUCGAAAUCUCCAGCUAGAAGACGUCGAUCGCCUUCUGGAUCCAAAUCUCCUCCAAUUGUAAGAAGACGUCGCUCUCCAUCAGGCUCAAAGUCGCCUCCAGUCAGAAGACGUCGCUCUCCAUCAGGCUCAAAGUCGCCUCCAAUCAGAAGACGUCAGUCCCCACCGCCAGCGAGAAAACGACGAUCCCCAUCGAGAUCUAAAAGUCCGGUGGUCAGAAGACGUGGUGGAUCCCCACCGAAACGUCGUGGUGGAGGCUCCAGAAGUCGUUCUCCACCCGUUAGAAGACGUCGUUCUCCAUCGUCGUCUAAAAGUAGAUCCCCACCGCCACGCAAGUUCGCUGAGAAGAAUAAGAGCCCGUCGCCGCCUCGUCGUCCACGUCAAAAGUCGGAAUCUGAUGAAGAAGUUGUGGAGAAGACGCUUCAGAAGAGUAGUCCGGAGCCGAAGAAGAGACGUCCGAAUGAUACAGAUUCGGAUGAAUCAAUAGAUUCGGAAGAGGAGGAACGUCGUCGUAAGAAGGCUAAGAAGGAGAAAAAGGCCGCCAAGAAGCAUAAGAAGGAAAAGAAGUCAAAGAAGCACCGCAAACGUCGUUCCCCAUCGAGAAGCUCUGGUUCAGGAUCUGGAAGUGACUAA